CAAGCGCUUAAACACAUUCCCUCUCAUGUGCUUAGCCAAGUUGUUGAGAGUCUCAACCUCCCCAGUCCAUUAGGAAAUGACUGGAAGGGUGUUGCCGGAGAGAUGUUGUUACCAUACAAGACUGUGAUGAGCUUAGAUCAUCACAGCUCUGAAGGCAGAAUGAGUGGCAUUCUACAAAUUAUGUUCGAGAAGAAAUUUACAGCGGGCGACUUUGUAGAUCUUUUACAGAAAAUACAAAGACCUGAUGUUAUCGAAAUUCUCAUUGAAGCCGGAUUCCCAAGGAACAGUAUCCGUGAAAAAGAAAAUGGUGAGCAGUACUUUUAAGAAUUUGGAAUGCAGUGAAUUCGAACCACAUAACGCACACUAAAACUCUUAGCUGUUUCUUCUUUUCAGAUUUCUUUACGUUAUGAUGAGCGUAAUAGGCAUUAUUUUUGCUUAUAAAUAAAGCAACUUCAUUGGAAGGUUGGCACUAUGAACCUGACGGAGUCGAGUUAUCCAAGUUGAAAUGUUGGCCCGAUCACUACAAAGUUGAGCCUAACCUGUCACAUGUCUUUUCAUAACUUGCACAGUUCUCUCCUCAAAAAAGGUUUACUGGCUUCUGAAUGCAAUGUAAGCAAUGAUUUAGGCUAGCUUUCAUUCAGUGUUUCAUCUCUUUUUAGAUGAAGAGGAUUCCCACAGCUCCUUACAAGAAUUUGCCAUAACAACACCUCAAAUUAGUAGCCUUACUACAAGAAGUGUAUGCGCAAGAAACGACAAGUCAUGCGAUAACAAGAAGGCUAGUGGAGACAACAUCCAUGAAGAAUGCGAAAUAAAUAAUGGUGAUCAUGCAGUUUUUCGACAUUGUCCGUGA